CACCUCAUGGACAACAUAUCUUUCAAUAUGAUGAUCACACUUUCUAGCCUUAGGGAAUCGAAAGGAAACAAAUACACAUACUUCUUUUUUUUUUCAUUUGUUUAUAUUUUAAUUAUUUUAUUUAAUCUGACUCUGAUUGUGACAAUUAUUCUAGAGAGAGCUCUCCAUGAGCCCAUGUACAUCUUCCUGUGUAACCUGUGUUUUAAUGGACUGUAUGGAACAGCUGGUUUCUACCCUAAAUUCCUGUCUGACUUAGUGUAUGGCAUUCAUCACAUCUCAUACAAUGGUUGUAUACUGCAAAUAUUUGUAAUAUAUGGUUAUGUAAUGUGUGAAUUUGCAACAUUAAUGAUAAUGGCUUAUGAUAGGUUUGUUGCAAUAUGCAAACCAUUGAAUUACCACACCAUAAUGACAUCACAAACUAUUGGCAAAUUAAUUUUGUCUUCGUGGCUGUUUACCCUCAUUACUGUGAUCACUGCAAUUAUGUUAACAAUCAGGUUAGAAUUGUGUCGAUCCCACAUCGAUAAAUCUUACUGUGACAACUGGUCAGUUGUGAAACUUUCAUGUGUAUCAACUACAGUUAAUAAUGUCUUUGGAUAUUUUUUAAUCCUUUCAUUAAUAGCUCAUGCUGUUUUUAUUGUGUUUUCUUAUAUGAAAUUGAUCAAUGCAUGCAUAAAAUCAAAGGAGAGCAAGAAGAUAUUUAUGAAGACCUGUUUACCACAUUUACUUUCAUUGAUAAACUUUACAAUAGCCAUCCUUUUUGACACAUUAUUCAGUCGAUAUGGAUCAAAGGAUUUCCCACAAAGUUUACGUGACUUCCUGCAACUGGAAUUUCUAAUAGUUCCUCCUCUUCUAAAUCCCAUUAUAUAUGGGCUGAAACUGACCGAGAUACGCAAAAGAGUUUUUAGAAAAUGCAAGGAACCUAAAAUGAAAGAUUCUUAUCAUACAAGAAAAAGAUAA